UCUCCAGAGAGGAACCCUAACCAAUUGAAGGUAAGUCACUCCGCGAUGCGUGAUUGAUCUAGGGUCAUUAGAUAGAUAUCUUUGCAAUUUCUCUCUCUGCAUUUGUGUGUGAUUCUCAUUGUUGUGUUGAUUUGUGUUUGCGAUUUCUCAUCGUUGAUCUAGUCUACUUGUAGGGUUGCAUCUUUGUCCUCCUUGUGGGCUGGUCUCAUCUUCUAUCUGUUCUUAUAGGACCAGUGUAUCAUUUAGGGAUUUGUUAGGUUUUUCUGGUGGUUUUCUUUUGUAUUGGGUUUGUAAAUUGUUUGGAUUUGAAUGGUAAGGUUAAGCUCAUUAUUGUUCAAUCAUCAAACUGAUUAAGCCCCAUUAGGAAUUCAACAAUUUGGUGACAGUAUAUAUACUUACGUGUUGUGGGAAAAAGGAAUUGGAAAAAAUGGCGGAGGAGGAGUUAGAAAAAGUGGUCGAGAGUUUGCCUUCCGACGUCGUGAAUGACUUGGCGUCCCUCGGGUUAUGUAACCGCUGCAUCUUUCGGGCGUUGGGGGUUCAAGGCCACCGCAUCUAUGCUUCUCCCUCUCUCUUCUUCCCUUCCAUCCACCACCACCAACAACAACAACUCUGCACUCUCUGCUUAGGGAUCCUCCAGUUCUCAUUUUCUGAUGACAGCGGAAUCCUCCAUAACAAGCAAAACGAUGAUGUCGCCCUUCUCAUUGCUGAUAUGCUCAAACGACAACGCUAUCACUUUGAAUCCUUUUCCCUUGAAGUUUCCAUCCCGCCUAUUAUCCUCCAAAACGACAACUCUCUCAGCUCAUACAUCAAAACCAAAUACGGAUCCCAACAAAAUUUCCAUGUUGGAUGCAUUUCUGCAAAGGAUGCCUUGAAAUUUUCUCUAGUACAUCCUCUUCAAAAUCUUCUGAAAUCAAGUUUGCAGGAAUGUAAAUCAAGUGCGAGCUCUUUCCGCAUUCGUUUGACAUACACUCACUCUAAAGCGUCCAAAGGGGCUGAGAACUGCUCUGAUACUGCUCAGGGUUGCAAGAGAAGAAAAACAGGUGAAUCCAAUUUAGUUGGAGAAAAGCCUUCUAACAGUUCACUAGAAAAUGAAACCUCUGACUGCUGUAAAUUCUUGCUAGAAACGGUAAAUGAGCCUUGCCAUUUUACUUACACUUGUUACAGGACACCUUUUUAUUUUGGUGGAAGGUACCUGAAGUAUUCACGGAAUGUGAGUCAAACACGCUGGAUCAUUGAUGAUGAAAGAAUGGGGGAAGCAUCAGUUGAGGAAAUUAUAGGUGGAAACAUCCUCCAAGCAUGCCAAGCUGAUAGUUUCAAGUUUCAUGCUGCUGGUAGAGAAGACAUUGAUGUCCGAAUGUUGGGCCCAGGAAGGCCAUUUCUUGUUGAGGUGCAAAACUCUCGAUAUGUCCCAUCGGAACUGUCUGUAGAAGAUAUAGAGAAACUGAUUAAUAACAUGGAGAAUAAAUUGGUUAGAGUGAAAAAUCUGAAACUCGUUGGUAGUCAAGGCUGGGAACUUAUGCGUGAAGGUGAAGCAGAGAAGCAGAAACAAUACACUGCUUUAGUGUGGAUUUCUCGUCCUCUGAAGGAUGAAGAUUUUCAAUGCGUGUCUUCACUAAACGAUUUGAAAGUUUUGCAGAGGACCCCAAUAAGGGUGCUACACCGUCGUAGUCCUUUGGAGCGUGAAAAGAUUAUACAUUGGAUGAAAAUGGAGACAGUUGCUGGAAGUUCCCAAUAUUUUCUUUUGCAUCUAUGUACACAGGCUGGGACCUACAUCAAAGAAUUCGUUCAUGGGGAUCUUGGACGCACACAUCCUAGCAUUGGAUCAAUUUUGGGUUGUAGAGCUGAGAUUUUGCAACUUGAUGUUACAGACAUCAAAAUGGAAUGUUUCCUUACUUAAUAAGGUUAUCUGAUAAAUUGGUUUUAAAUCAUAGGUUUUAAUUCUUAGUUGACUGAAAUUUGACUUUAAACAGCUCUUUGAUGAAAUAUACUGCCACAUCUUCAACUUGAGCUAUGUUUUUCUAGUUUCUAAAAGAUAUUCCUUGAACUGUUUUUUUUUA